UGAGCACAGUGCUCUCCUGAGCCACGGUGGAGAUACACACACCGGGAUGACAUUCCACUGAGACACUGUGCACUAAUUACUCAAGUAUUUGAUCCCUGAGCGCAAGCAUCAUGCCUAUCCUUAAGAACCUUCCAGGGAGGACCAGGAAUAACCAUGGGAACAGUGAACUCAUCCUGCCCAGGUUAAACUUGGACCUGAGUCCCUUCGAGGAGGUGGACCUGGAGGAGGAGAGGAAUGAGGGCGACCCCCCCAUUUUGGGGGGCCGGGGAGCAAAACCCCUCCAGUGCAGGUUGUCGCGUGAUGGGGAAGAGGAGGAGAAUGAGGUGAACAUGGAGAGGCACGGCCCCGGGGCCCCUAAAGGAGGAGGAGGAAGGCCCCUGAGGGGGACUCUGGAGCGGUUAUGCGGCUCUUCGCCCUUGAAGACCCUGGGGAAGCUGGGGAAGGGGCUGCGUAUGUCGGGGUGCAGCGUGUGGGGGACCAGCCCGUCCCUGCGAAGUCCCACGGACCCCCACUCGCCCCCGCCAGAGAAAGAGAAGAGGAAGGGCCUCCGCAGGAGCUCAGAGGAUAUCAUGACCCUGCUCCGAUUUGCAGGGCGGCGGAAGCAGACACAGCGUAGAGAAAGCCUGCCCUGCGGGGACCUGGGCGUCGACAGCGAGGCCGAGUCUCGCCGCCGGUCCUCCUUCCUCAGGAUGGUCAGCCUUGGCAAACUGAAGAGGGAGUCCCUGUCGGACCACAACUCCCAGGAGGCCGAGGAGGAGCUGGAGGAGGAAGAGCCAGUGGUCAAACCCAGGGAACCACUCUCAGUGCUGGAGAUCCUACAGCUGGUCAAUCAGAGGGACCUCCUCCUGGCCGACACACACAUCCAGGAGUUGGAGCACGAGUGCGAGCUGCUGGCCUUCCUGCCCCACCCCCCCACUCCUCCGUUGACGCCUCCCGGAGUGACCCCUCCCGGGUCCUUCGACAACCCCUCCAGCCCCAAUGCUUCACGGAACGCCAGCAGGCGCAAGGCUAAGGAUGUGGAGCUGCUGUAUGAGGCCCUGCAGAAGGAGAUGUGGGACGUGGUGAGGGAAUCCCUCCGCCAGCCCACGGCCGGGCCCAACCUGGGACUAGUGGUGCUGGUCAUUCAGCAGGAGGAGCAGGCUGACACUGCCCAGGCCCAGAGAGAGGAGACCCAGACCCAGCCCCUAAGGGAGGGCCUCCUGCCCCAUCAUAGCCAACGACCCCGUCAGCUCAAGCUGAAAUGGCGGCAGGCGGUGGCGGAGGCGGCAGACUGGAGCCUGCCCCAGCAGGUGGACACUCAGGCGGGGCAGCUAGCCUCUUACCUGGAGAGGUUAAAGGGACGCAUGGUGGACGACCUGGAUGCAGCACGGAGGAACGUGGUGUCGGUCUACCCGGAGGAGUUCCAGGCCUUCCAGGUGUAUGUACAGAGCUACCACCGGGCGGUGGCCCGACGCCUGAAAAUCAUUACCAGCUCCCAGCUUCAGAUCACUGACGUCUACUCUAUGCUGGACUGGUUCUACAACAUCUACAACAGAGACGUCCUGGGCACCGUUGGCAUGAAAACCCCGAUUAACUACUCCCCUCUGGAACCCCUACUGCACCAAGACACAGUGGACCAACUGGAACAGGACUGCCUGAACACUGUCAGGGAGAAGGUGUCCACAGAGCUCACUCAGGUUCUGGAUGAGGAGGAGAGACGGUGGGCCCAAACGCUGCAUAUAGAAGAGUACCAGUCCAAUCUGGCCCGCUCUGUCAUCCAGAGACUGAAGGUCGACCUGGACAGAUCCACAGCUGUAAGCCAGUUUCUGGGGGCCAGGGUGGCCCGUUGCAAUCUCAAUGGACUGUCUGACUUCCUAUACAGUUUCCAGAGAAAGGUGGAGAUGUUCCAUGAGACCCAGGCUGAGUUUGGGGACCGGGGUGAUGGAUACGUUUCCAGGACCAUCGCUCUGGUCAACUGCUGCCCGCCUCUCAGAUCCUUUGUACAGCGUUGCAGGCAGUGUGACCCACAGAGCAGUGAGGAGUCCACACAGAGAGCUAACUCCUCCCUGGACAGGAUUGUUAACCAAUCAGUGAGAGUUCUGACGGAAAGACUAUUUGAGCACAUCAGGCCGUUCUUUGACAAGCUGGUGAAGAGGAAGUGGCUAAACAACACUGAGGCCUUUGAGGCCAUCGAAGCAAGCGUCAAACAACACUUUAAGAAGUUCAGAAGAAUGGACUGCCCACCUUAUCAGAUACUGGUGGAGGAGGUACACAGGCGGGUUCUGGUGGAGUAUGUGCGUGCGAUCAUGCGAGGACGGGUCAUCUGCACAUCAUCGAAGAUGAGGAAGAGGAUGGCGUUCCGACUGCAGGACGAGGCCAAGCAGCUCAAAGGGCUCUUUAAAGACCUGGAGUCAGGAUCCUCUUGGCUGGACAGUGUUCUCGCUCACCUGGCUGAUAUCAUUCUCCUGGAGGACACUCCAUCCAUCCAGAUGGAGGUUGCUGUUCUUGUGAAAGAGUUUCCAGACAUACGGAAGAAGCACAUCUCCACCCUGCUAAACGUGCGGGGGAUGAUACGUCAGGCGGAGCGCCAGGAGAUCCUGAACGUGGUCCGAGACUUUGAGAGCAGAGACAGCUCUACCCUACUAUGUAGGGAUCACGCCCUCUUCUCGGACAUCCCUGUCACCUCCGAGGUACACUGCAUCAACCUGGGCCUCAUUCGUGUCGCCAUGACCCUCGCCAACUGGUUCUCCGAGGCCCGGCUUCGACGACACCGCAAGAGAAGCCCCAGGAACAGAACCACGCUCCCACCGGAACCCAUGACAGAGGAUAUGGAUGAUGAUUGACUUCAAGGAAAUCAUAUGAGUUGAUGCACAUAGAGUGUUUGGUAGAACAGAGGCUCACCUGUAAUUCUGUUUCCAUGUGUGCAUUUCUAUGCCUAAUUGAUACUGAUGGAGCUUUAUGAUCUAAUUGUUUGGAUUUCUGCUGUAAAUAAGAGAGGUAGUGGUUUGUUGAUGAUGAAAAUUUGACGAGUACUCAAUCUUAAAUUCUGUCAUAUUACUGUAUGUGCUGUGACUACUACAAUGGGGCAGAAUCACAAACUACUGUGAAACUUACUACUACUGAUAAGAAAUGCAAAGUCUCCAAAGAAACAUGAAAAAUAAAUGUUUUUAAUUAAUCUGUAAAUGAUAUUCCCACUCAUUUACAGACAUUUGAAUGGAAUGCGAUAAAAAUAACUUGACCUCAGGUACCGCACAUACAAGCCCAUCUACUGUACUUCGAGCUCAGAUAUUUCUUCAUGUUUAGAAUCAUUUUGUAAACUUUAUUGGUUAACACUUUACAUUAAGGUAUAAUUGUAUACAUUUAUGAGUUGUUGAUAAACUGUUUAAAGAUAGCUUACAUGACUGCACAAUUUUAACCAAUGUGUUAACUGUUUAUAACUGUCUAUAAACUAAAAACGAAUGGUUUAUAAACUACUUAUAAACCUUUAGUAAAUAAUUUUAUGUACACCUUAAUGUAAAGUGUUACCAAUUAAAUAGAUUCUCUGGUACUUUCGUCUACUUUUUAGCCA